GGAACAUUUGUUUACUGCUUAGUUUUCGCACCGCGGAACCGUCUGCAGAAGCAAUCCGACAUGUCGGUGAACCUCGUACUAGAGAACUACAUCGGCGGGAAGUUCGUGCCCUGCUCCAGGCACGUGGACUCGUACGACCCGUCCACCGGAGAGCUGUACUGCAGAGUCCCGGACAGCGGCGUGGAUGAGGUGGAGGCAGCAGUGAAGGCUGCUAAAGAAGCGUUUCCUGGUUGGUCAGCUACAAGUCCAGCAGAAAGAGCUCAGCUUCUCAAUAAACUUGCUGAUCUGAUAGAGGCUCGUCUGGAGGAAUUCGCACAGGCAGAGUCUAAAGACCAGGGGAAGACGAUUAGCUUUGCCCGAAAUGUCGACAUCCAGCGUGCCGUGCACAACUUCCGAUUCUUCGCUUCGUCCGUCCAGCACCACACGACCGACUGCAGUCAGAUGGACCACAUGGGCUGCAUGAAUUACACAGUGCGCUGCCCUGUAGGAGUGGCUGGUCUGAUCAGUCCUUGGAACCUGCCUUUGUAUCUGUUGACCUGGAAGAUCGCUCCUGCUGUAGCUACAGGGAACACGGUGGUGGCCAAACCCAGUGAGAUGACCUCAGUCACUGCCUGGAUGAUGUGUAAGCUGCUGGAGGAGGCUGGUUUUCCUCCAGGAGUUGUGAAUGUAGUGUUCGGCACAGGUCCACGUGCAGGUGACGCCCUCGUGUCACACCCGGACGUGCCAUUAAUUUCGUUUACAGGCAGCACAGCUACAGCGCGAAUGAUAACAGAGCGCAGCGCCCCCUACUGCAAGAAACUCUCCCUGGAGCUCGGGGGUAAAAACCCGGCUGUCGUGUUCGCUGAUGCUGACUUGGAACAGUGCAUCAGCACCACCGUGCGCUCCAGUUUCUCCAAUCAGGGUGAGAUUUGUCUCUGCACCAGCAGGAUCUUUGUGGAGCGGAGCAUUUACCCAGAUUUCCUUGCGAAGUUUGUCGAGGCGGCUCGCCAGUGGAAAACCGGAGUGCCCUCUGACCCCUCGAACAACAACGGAGCGCUUGUGAGCAAGGAACACUUACAGAAGGUGCGAGGUUAUGUGUCUCUGGCUGUGUCUGAAGGAGCUCAGGUGCACUGUGGAGAGGGAGUCGACGCUCUCAUCCUCCCGCCUCGCAACGCAUCCGGAUACUUCAUGCUGCCUACAGUGAUCACGGGCGUGGACGACUCCUCUGCCGUGAUGCAAGAGGAGAUCUUCGGCCCUGUCACCUGUGUGACGCCUUUCGAUACAGAAGAAGAAGUGAUAUCACGGGCUAACGGCGUGCGCUACGGUCUGUCCGCCGUGGUGUGGUCCAGAGACGUAGGACGUGUCCACAGAGUGGCUCGGCGGCUGCAGGCCGGGUUAGUGUGGACCAACUGCUGGCUCGUCCGAGACUUAAACCUGCCGUUCGGAGGAAUGAAGAGCUCAGGCAUCGGGAGAGAAGGAGGGAAAGAUUCCUACCACUUCUUCACUGAGGUUAAAACUAUUACUGUAAAGCACUGACAGGAUGCAGGUUAACACACUAACAUUAAAGUGCUGUUGCGAUGAGACAAAGGCGAGUGAGGAUCCAAAUGCAGUUCAGUCUUUUAUUGAUCCAAAACAAGAAACAGGCAAACAGACGGGCAGAACACUGAGCACACAGGAAACAGGAACAUAGACACCAACAUUCAACAACGAACAACACCAGGGAAGUGAACAAACAGAGUAGAUAUACAGUAACAAACAGGAACCAAUCACAACGCAGAGACAAUCAGAGACUAAGACGAUACACCUGGGGGGGGAGAUAGAGUGCAAUUAGUGUCCAUGGUAACAAAUGAGUGGGCGGAGCAAACAAUUAACAGCAAGGCAGACAGCAGACAGAAACAGGGCAAAACACAGACAGACUCAUUACAAGUUCCUUAACUCACAUUAAAUCAGACAUUAUUUUCACAAACUUCCUGCUUUUUUUUUUUUAAACCCCAGUCUUAAAUAAUGUCACCAUUUUAUGUCUUUGACCUUUACAGACAAAUCCAAUUCGAUGCAACUGGUUUCGUUUGCGACUGUUUUAAUAAACAUUUCACUGCAGUGAUCGAA